CUCGUCAUUGCGCAAAUUAACAUCGCGUCCCAAUGCAAAUGUCCACCAGGCCCUAGGACCUCGUUCCCUCCAUCAAUGCGUCUCCAUUGAUUUGGCUUUCAGAGCAAGACCUGCUUCAACCGACAUUCUGGCUCUCAUGGAUUCACCUGUGGCGCAGCCGAACGGGGAAUGCUGGGCAGAACAACUAAUUACUCCAGCUCCUAUGCCUCAGGGCUCACAGGAUCGCCCUCCACAGCCGGUCCAGGAACGUAUGGCUCAUCAGGACAUUGUGGCGCCCGUUUGCACCACUGAGCCCGUGACUAGUCUUGCUGCGCCGCAUGAGAACCGGCAAGAGUUGGCCCACGUCCCGCACCAAAGCGCGCCACCAGCCAUGGCACCCGGGCACGAAGCCCCAAGGAUGAUGGAAUCGGAUGUCGAGGUUGCUAAGGACAUGCGCUACCGUCGUAGAUCUCCAAUGACGGCCAGGUCGAAACGAUACCAAGGCGUCUCUAGGUUAACACCCGCCGAAUUGAACCGCAAGAGGGCAAACGACCGAGAGGCCAAGCGCGUUAGUCGGCUUAGGACCCAAGAGCUCAUCAGUUCUCUUUUGAGAAAAGUGAAAACACUGAAAGAACUCAGGAUCUCUGACGGCGAGACUAUUCGCCAGCUCCGUCACCGUAACGAAGCUCUUGAGAUGGAGUACUUCUCUCUUUCCGCGGCAACAGGCUUUUCAUAUGCACCUGGAGCAGUGCUAUCCCAGCAGUGCGGCAACUUGGCUCCGGAUCUGACCUAUUGCAACUCGGGUCUGGAAAACUGGGUACAGCCGUACUAAGUGGCUAAUAUGUUAGGAGGCAGCGCUCAUUCUUCUGGUGGGUGGCUCACUGUAUUCGUCUUCAUGCUGCUUUUCUUAAGGGCCUGUAUCUUAUGUGCUGGCGUUUAUUCUCUUAAGCGCAUUUCUUUGCGCUUCCAUGCGUCCUGCUGGGCGAAAACCCACGACAAGUGCUGGCCCGGGAGGCCCUCCUGUUCGGAAGCGGUGGUGUUAUUGUUCUGUCGACAAGUUGCCGAGGGCAGGACGAAGAUGACAAGAUCGUAGUCGGAGUCCCUCUGGGUGCGCUGUCUUGCAUUCGCGUGUACGGAAUUGGGUGCUACGCCAUGUUGGGCUUUUGGUCGAGGACAUUAAUGAUGGGCACCUUGUCUGCGUCGCCAAUCGUUUCAGAGGCGACAUGAGGAAACGUGAAGAGCACGGCCAUCCAGGCACAUGCUGCAGACAGUCGAGAAUGUACCUACCUUACCGUCCCUGCAAGUAUACAUACAGCACGG